CCCCAAGGAAGGCGCAUUGUAUAGAAACACGACAAAAAUAUAAAGCAAAAAAUUUCUGUACUCAUAGUUGCAUGAUACUUUAUAUAUGACCAGUAGGAUUUACUUGCAGGAAAUAAUAUUAAGUAUUGGUAGUCAAAACUCCUCAAGAAUUAUUAGUUUAUAGCAUUCUUUCGUCAAACGUUUAAUACGAUGCACAUGGCUCAAAGAUUCGUUUUGUGUUUUCUUGCAAGCUUGCUUUGUGGAGCAUAUGCUGCAAAAUGGACAUCAAGGUUUAAGUAUUAUUCCCCUACAUAUGGCAAAAAUCUCGAAAUGCGAUGUGAAUCUACUGGUGAAUUCAGUGGAUUUUACUUCAAAAAAGAUGGAAGCAAAAUUGAAACCACUGAAAGUAUAACUGUCUCAUCAAGUGGUACUGUACAUACCCUAACUUUUAAAUCAAUUAAGGAGGAAGAUUUUGGGAAAUAUAUUUGCAGAGACUCAGCUGGUGAUGAUGAAGCAGAACUGGAAAUUAUAGCAACAAUACCAUCAAUAGCACAAUUUCAAAAGUUGACGAUUGGUAGGGAGGGUACUGUCAAUGCUGAAGUGUUCAUGAUGCCCCGAACAAAAAUUAAUUGGUACAAGUACAAUGAUGUUGCUGCCACUCUUAUCGCAUCUCUUGAUAAAGAAGGCAAUAUGGUAGCAACAGUUUUAGGAUCUGAGCGUUACAAAAUUGAUGUCAGGGGGUCGCUUAUUAUUAAAAAGGUCACUGCUGAAGAUGGUGGUUUAUAUACUGUUGGUGCACCUACGGAAGCUCAUGGAGAACCAAGGCAAAACACAUCUGUCGGAGUUGGAAAUGUGCCAACCAUCAAAGACUCUCCAAAAGAAACAUACACCAGCACAGAAUAUCAAGACCUUUUUAUUCCAUGUACUUGGAAUGAUGCAAGUGGUCUUUCAAAGUGGACAUUCUCUGGCAAAGAUGGUGACAAAGAACUUACAGAUGAAGUGCAAGUGUCUGGUUUGAAUCUCACUUCUGUCACACGUGACAAUGAAGGAAAUUACACAUGUUCUAUCACAAAUGACUUCGGUGAAGGAUCUGUGACAGUUGUUAUUACUCAAGUUAUAACUCCUGCUGCUAUCUCCUCAGUUUUUAAUGACACAUCUCAAGUAAUAGAUACCCCAGUAAAUAUCUCAUGUGAAGCAACUGGUCGCCCGGUUCCAACUGUAUCCAUUACAAAAGCAUCUAGUGCCAAAGCAGCAUCUGGGAAAGGAAGAGCUGUGUUAACAAUCAACCGUGUUGCUGUUUCUGAUAAAGGAAAAUACAUGUGUACUGCAGAUAAUGGUGCUACUACUGCAAAGGGGGCAUCAAUGGCUGUUACCAAGUCGAUGGAAAUGGAUGUUUUAACUCGUCCUGCUAUAGAUAAAGAUGCAACAACGGCGACACUCAAAUCUGCAGUUGGGUUAAAGUUUGUCAUUGAAUGUUCAGCAACAAGCAAUCCAGACCCUAAGGUAACAUUCAGUAAAAAUGGAACGGUUAUGGAUACAAAUUCAACGAAAAAAGAUGGUAUUGUAACCGCAGUUUAUGAAGUGAAAUCUGCAGUAAAAUCUGAUUUUGGUGAAUAUUUAUGUAUUGCUACCAAUCCACAUGGUAAUGCAAGUAAAAGAAUUAAAAUUGUUGAAGUUUUAAAACUUGAGGCUCCGACAGCAUUAUCACAGGAUGGGGAAUCUGGUCUUAAAUAUAUUGAUUUAACGUGGAAGCCAGUUAAGGGUGCUGAGAAAUAUGUGAUUUAUGUCAAUAACACGAAAACUAUGGAAACCACAAAGACUGCUGCUACUAUAAAAAACCUUCGUCGUAGCACAUAUUACAGUCUUACAGUUGCUACAGUUAAUAUGGCUGGUGAAGGAAAUGCAUCGAAACCUGAAAUUUUUAGAACUUCAGAUAUAAUUAAACCAAUUGCAGUUACUGGAUUUGAUGCAGUGUCAUUAAAUGCUCACUCAAUUGAAAUAAAAUGGGUAGCACCAAGUAACAUAAAAAAUCCUGGAAUUUUGCUUUACAAGUUAGAUUAUUGUGCAAUGGUAAACACUUCUGGAGUGAUCACUAAAGAAUGCUAUAGUAAUAAUUAUGAGAGUAGAGACUCUGCAUAUGAAUUGAAAGGUCUUAAACCUAACACUUUGUAUUUGAUAACUGUAACAGCUACGAAUCAAGGUGUGGUUGGUGAAGCUACAAACUAUACCAUCAGGACGCCAGCAGCUCCAACAGUAGCACCUUCUCCAGUUGAAAAGAAAGACGGUGGACUUGGUAACGCUGCUGUGGCUGGUAUAAUCAUCUGCAUCAUAUUAGUCAUCUUAGUGGUGGUGGAUUUGUUUUGUUGUUUUUUUAAUAACUGUGGUUUCUCUCAUUGUUGUUUUGAAACGUUUUGUGCGACUAAGGGAAAGAAGUAUGCACCUGCUGAUAGAGACGAAGAGGAAAUGGAGGAAAUGAAACCCAAAACGCAGGAAACAGUGUAGCAAGAACGGAAAGAAUUUAAACCAAUAUUUUUGCAAAGACUGAAUGUUAAGACAAAUGAGAAAGCAUGACUCAAAUGCAUUCAAAGAAACACGCAUGAAAAUGCCAGCAGUGCUAUCCACCGUGAUCUUCAAUUAAUAAAUAAAUAAAUAAAUCUUUCCUGAAAUUCAUUUUGUAAAUGUGUUUUUUAUGACAAAUUAGUUUGUGUGGCAUUAUUUUCUCGUUAAGACAAAGCUACAGUCUUUAAUUGAACUAAAUUCAGGAAAGGUUUAUUCUUGUAUUUUUCUAAAGAUAUUUAAUUUAUUUUCCUAGACAUUAGAUUAUUUCGACAUUUUUAUGCGACACUCUAGACUCUUUCAACAUUUUUUUCAAAAGUAUAUACUAUUUAAAAUCAAUUUUUUUAAAGUCUAAUUCACACAUAUGAAGCAAACGGAGGCACAGAUGCAGGUGCAUGCACAACGUAAUGUAUGACCAAUGUACGAGGCGAGAUAUCUUUUUAGCUUUUAGUUUGAGUGUUAAUUUUGACCAAGUUCCGUAUACUGUUGGAAACUGUGACAAGAUCUUCUAUGAUUAAUCUUAAUCAUUUGCAGUUAAUAAAAAAAUCUUUCGUUGAAUGCUUUCUUGUUUUGCGUUUUUGUGUGUGUAUGCUUCAAGUGUAAACCAGGCUAAAAUGAGUUCAGUAAUUUUAGAUUACCUUAAGUUGAUUGGUUAAAUUAAUUUUUACUUUACUUUUCUUGCCUUUGCUCUGGGAUGAGGAUGGUACGACAUGGUACAUUCGCGAAAUGCAUUUUUUUGUCCUCGCGAAAAUAAGUCAACUUAGGACAGGCAAGAGUUUAUAACUUGUUUUACGUUUCUGCAAAUUAUUAUCAGUGGUAGAUUUUUUUAAAUACUUUAAAUAUAUAUAUAUGAAAUUGUUGAUAUUAAUAUGAUUUUUAAGUUUACAAAAAGUGGAAAAGUGUAUUCUGCAUUUUAAUUUUUACCUUGAUUCAAUCUAACUUAUGAUCA